AUGCUUGUUCGCCAGCUUACGGUGGCUCUGGCCCUUGCGGCUCUGGCCAAUGCUCUUCCCGCAACAGUCAAGCAUGUCCUACAUGAAAAGCGCGACCGACACUCUUCGGACUGGGUGAAGAGGGCCCGCGUCGACAGCCAUGCUGUCCUGCCUAUGCGCAUUGGGCUGGCCCAGAGCAAUCUGGAGAAGGGGUACGAUUACCUCAUGGAAGUCUCCCAUCCGGAUUCUGCUCGUUAUGGGCAGUACUGGACAGCGGAUCAGGUUCAUGACAUAUUCAGUCCCUCCGAAGAAGCCGUCGAGGCAGUGAGAGAAUGGCUUGCCUCUGCUGGCAUUGAUCUUUCUCGAGUUGUGCACUCCGACAACAAGGGCUGGCUUGCCUUUGAUGCUUACGCACACGAAGCCGAGAACCUCUUGAAGACUAAAUUCCAUGAGCACGAGAGCGCCAGCAGUGCGAGUAUCAGAGUCGGAUGUGACAGUUACCAUGUCCCCGAACACAUCCAGCACCACAUCGAUUACAUCACGCCCGGUGUCAAGCUCACUCCAGUGGUCAAGAAAAGCAAGAAGGUCAAGCGCGCGUCGCAGCUCGGUCAUGCUUCUAACGUGAAGGCUGUCACUGGCGAUGAAAUCAUCUCCAGCAAAGCCAAGCUGCUGCCGACUGAGCUGCAAGGCUGCGGAUCCAACAUGACCCCCACGUGCAUCAAGGCCUUGUACCAGAUCCCCGAUGCGACGAAAGCGACAAAGGGCAACACUCUGGGGCUGUAUGAGCAGGGCGACUACUUUGCCAAGGCCGACCUCGAUCUCUUCUACAAAGCCUAUGCUCCUUGGGUUCCUCAGGGCACGUAUCCUAUCCCAGCGCUCAUCGACGGAGCCAACUACUCUGUGCCGACUGACAGCUCCUUGAACACCGGUGAAUCCAACAUUGACAUUGACAUGGCCUACGCCUUGAUCUACCCACAGCAGGUCACCCUGUAUCAAGUCGACGACCAGUACUACGAGCCGCGUGAAGUCGCGACUACCAACCUGUUCAACACGUUCUUGGAUGCUUUAGAUGGCUCCUACUGCACCUAUAGUGCAUACGGGGAGAAAGGCAAUGACCCUGACAUUGACCCCGUCUAUCCUGACCCCAACGCUGGCGGAUACAAAGGCAAGCUGCAGUGCGGCGUCUACAAGCCCACGAACGUCAUCUCGGCAUCCUACGGCCAAGCCGAGAAAGACCUCCCGGUCGCAUACACCAAGCGCCAAUGCAACGAGUUCCUGAAACUCGGCCUGCAAGGGCACUCGAUCCUCUUCGCCUCCGGCGACUACGGGGUGGCCUCCUUCGCCGGGGACGGCGGCAACGCGAACGGGUGCCUGGGCCCGGAGGCGAAGAUCUUCAACCCACAGUACCCGUCCAACUGCCCGUACGUGACCUCGGUGGGCGGCACGAUGCUCUACGCGGACCAGACCUACGAGGACGCGGAGAGCGUGAUGCACGCGAACCUGGGCGGCACGGCCAGCAACUUCAGCUCCUCGGGCGGCUUCUCCAACUACUUCCCGCAGCCCGAGUACCAGAAGAAGGCGGUCGCGACGUACUUCAAGCGCGCCAACCUGACCUACCCGUACUACUCGGAGCUGGAGGUCGACCUCAACACGACCAAGGGCCUGUACAACCGCAUCGGGCGCGCGUACCCCGACGUCGCGGCCAACGGCGCCAACUUCCGCGCCUACAUGGGCGAGGAGCUGUACCAUUUCUACGGAGCGAGCUUGGCGUCGCCACUUUUCGCCUCCGUGCUGACGCUGAUCAACGAGGAGCGUCUCGCGGUCGGAAAGGGUCCCGUGGGCUUCAUCAACCCCGUUCUCUAUGAGCACCCGGAAGCCCUGAAUGAUAUCACCAACGGCACCAACGCCGGAUGCGGUACCUACGGCUUUAGCGCUAUCCCCGGAUGGGACCCCACUACUGGGUUGGGCACACCCAACUACCCCAAGCUGAAGAAGCUGUUCUUGUCUCUCCCGUAG